UGUGUAGCCGCUACCUGACAAUGCUGUCCCGGGUGGUACUUUCUGCCGCCACCGCAGCAGCCCCCUCUCUGAAGAACGCGGCCCUCCUUGGUCCAGGGGUAUUGCAGGCAACAAGGAUCUUUCACACAAGUCUUGCCCCUGUACCACCUCUUCCUGAAUAUGGAGGAAAAGUUCGUUUGGGGCUGACCCCUGAGGAAUUUUUCCAGUUCCUUUAUCCUAAAACUGGUGUAACAGGACCCUAUGUGCUCGGAACUGGGCUUAUCUUAUAUUUACUCUCCAAAGAAGUAUAUGUGAUAACUGCAGAGACCUUCUCUGCCGCAUCAACAAUAGGGGUUCUUGUCUAUGUAAUUAAAAAAUAUGGUGCCUCUAUUGGGGAAUUUGCUGAUAAACUCAGUGAGCAAACAACUGCCCAACUGGAAGAAGUGAUACAGGCUUCCACCAAACAAACCCAGGAUGCAGUUGACCUGGAGAAGCCACAGCAGGCACUGGUUCAAAAGCGCCAUUACCUUUUUGAUGUCCAGAGGAAUAACACUGCCAUGGCCUUGGAGGUUACUUACUGGGAACGGCUGCAUAGUGUAUACAAGGAGGUAAAGAAUCACCUGGACUAUCACAUCUCUCUGCAGAAUAUGAUGCACCAAAAGGAACAAGGGCACAUGAUAAACUGUGUGGAGAAGAAUGUGGUACAGAGCAUCUCUGCGCAGCAGGAGAAGGAGACAAUUGCCAAGUCCACUGCAGACCUAAAGCUGCUUGCAAAGAAGGCUCAAGCACAGCCAGUUCUGUAAAUGCAUCUGUCCCAAUUGAGACAGCUAGAAACAGUUGACUGACUAAAUGGAAAUUAGUCUAUGUGACAAAGUCUUUCUGUAUUUCUCUCUACUGAAGUUAGUUUCCCUUUCCUAAAAAUGAAGUUUGAGUUUCAUAUAAUGAGAGAAUUAAAACAAUCUAUUGGCCAGUAAGAUGUUUCUCUCAUCCUUCUUGCUCUGCAUUUUGAGUUGUUCCAUCAUCACUUUUGAAUAAGCAGUUUGCUUUGAAUAAAAUUUGGUACCUGACUAAAAAUUAUCAAGUUAUAGUUUAAGUUUGAAUUAAUUCAACCAUCUUGCAAUAAAGUGACAGUUGAAA